UUGUUGUCCUGCUGCCUGCGCUGCUGGUGAGGACACAUCUAACACCAGGAGCCUUAAACACUGGGCCUGGUGACCUGGUGGUGUCUCUGAGGAAUGGACCAAUCAGAGGACAGUAUCAGAGUGUGAAAGGUACAGAGAGGAGGGUGAGGCAGUACCUGGGAGUCCCCUUCGCCCGGCCCCCCACAGGGCCCCUCCGCCUGACGGCCCCUCAGAGUGUGGAGCCCUGGGAGGAGGAGAGAGACUGCACCCAGCACCCCCCCAUGUGUGUCCAGGAUCCAGAGCUGGUGGUGAACGUGUCCCGCAUCAUGUCCCUCCACUACACCCCCCCAGAGGUCUCAGAGGACUGUCUGUACCUGAACCUGUACACCCCCGCUGAGGCCAGACCAGGAGACAAACUGCCUGUGAUGUUCUGGAUCCAUGGAGGGGGUCUGAUGAUGGGGGCUGCCUCUCAGUUUGACGGCUCUGCUCUGGCUGCGUAUGAAAACAUCGUGGUGGUCAUCAUCCAGUACCGCCUCGGCAUUCUGGGAUUCCUGAGCACCGGAGACCAGCAUGCCAGGGGGAACUGGGGUUUGUUGGACCAGCUGGCCGCUCUGAGGUGGGUGCAGGAAAACAUCGAGUCCUUUGGUGGCGAUCCACAAAGAGUCACCAUCGCAGGAGAGUCUGCAGGAGCCAUCAGUGCCUCCAUCCUGACUCUUUCUCCACAGGCCAAAGGACUCUUCCAUGGUGCCAUUUUCCAGAGUGGAGUCUCAACAAUUGGGUCCUACACCUCAAACCAACCCCUGGUCCACACCCAGAUCAUUGCAAACAUCACAGGAUGCAGCAGCUCCAGCUCAGAGGAGAUGGUUCACUGCAUCAGGACCAAAAGCAAAGAGCAGCUCAUCGAUGCAACCAAGAAGGUAAAGAAACCUGCUGGAGACAGACAGAGACAGAUGAAGAUCUUCCUGGGAGGUGUCGUGGACAAUGACUUCCUCCAUGGAACAGCCGAGGAGCUCCUCAGCAAGAAGGAGGUGCUGCAGGUUCCUGUGAUGAUGGGGAUCACCAACCAUGAGUUUGGCUGGAUCCUACCACAGAGCUUCCUGCCACCCGGCUGGGAGAAUGGGAUGAACCAGGACCUGAUUCUGACCAUGGUGAACAUGUUUAAUCCCUCAGGGGUGUCUUCAGCCAACCGUCUGAUCACAGAGGAGUACCUGAAGGAGGCUCAGAGUCCAGAGGAGGUCAGGGACCGCUUCCUGGAGGUCAUGGGAGACCUGCUGAUGACGCUGCCUGUGCUGAAGGUGGCCAAGUACCACGCAGAGGCUGGCGCUCCGGUCUUCAUGUACGAGUUUGUGUACAGAGCAGCCGUGUACCAGAACCACAGGCCCAGCUUCGUGAAGGCGGAUCACGGGGAUGAUGUUGUCUUCAUGUUCGGUGGAUGUUUCUUCAACGGACAUGUUAAAUUAAUCGGUAACAUCUCCAAACAGGACGAACAGUUCUGUCGGACCAUGAUGUCCUACUGGGCCAGCUUUGUCCGGACCGGGUCUCCUAAUGGACCGGGUCUGGUCAGCUGGCCUCAGUACAACCAGAAUCAGCAGGACUACAUGGAGCUGGGUCUGACUCCGGUUGUGAAGCAGAAACUGAAGAUGGACCGGGUCCAGUUUUCAACCGUCACCCUCCCUCAGAAGCUGGAACAGCUGGCAGCAGCUGCAGCUAAAGACACAAACUGAUGUCUUUGACUUUAGUUUGUAGGAUCUAACCUCACCGCCUGAAUGUUCAACUUUGGUUUUUGUAACAUAGAUGCAAAUAAAGGAAACCUUUCUGUUCAAAAUGAUAAAUAAUAA